GUGGCCUCAUCCUCAUUCUCUUCCUCCUCCUCUUCCUUCUCCUCCUCCUCUUCGUCAGGCGGCUUUUCACCGUCAUUUUAACCGUCACCUGCGACACCAGCCUGAGCAUCUGACUGACAUUUCACUUUGGCCGGGGACAUGAAGAUGGCUGCAGCUGGACAGCAGCUUCUCGCCGGCGUGUUGUGUGUGAGUGACUCGGUCCUGUUGUCUUCCUCAGAGAAGCUGCCUGCUUCAGGCUGAGUUUUCAGGAAUGAAGACAGAUCCACAAACAUUCAUAAACAAUUUUAAAGCCAGCAUCUCAUUACCUUGCUAUCAAGAUUUCCAACACAGAUUUUCAAAUGAAAAUGGAGGAUAUGCCCCUGUCAGGCCCAGACAACACCAAGCUGGAGGCCUUGGUCCAUGACAUCUACUCUGAGCUGGUGGAAGAUGCCUGUUUGGGUCUGUGUUUUGAAGUACAUCGUGCUGUGAAACAUGGACAUUUCUUCUUGGAUGAAACGGACCAAGAGAGCAUGAAGGAGUUCGAAAUUGUGGACCAACCAGGAGUGGACAUCUUUGGGCAGGUUUACAACCAGUGGAAGAACAAAGAGUGCGAGUGUCCAAACUGCAAAAGACUGAUAGCAGCUUCUCGCUUCGCUCCACACUUGGAGAAAUGUCUCGGCAUGGGACGCAACAGCAGUCGCAUUGCCAGCCGCAGGCUGGCCACUAAUAAUAACAUGAACAAAUCAGAGAGUGACCAGGAAGACAAUGAUGACCUUAAUGAUAACGACUGGUCGUAUGGGGCAGAAAAAAAAGCCAAGAAGCGAAAGUCAGAUAAGAAUCAAAAUUCCCCCAGAAGAUCCAAAUCUCUCAAACACAAAAAUGGUGAUCUCGGAAGCAGCAUCACCUCAGAGCCUUACAAGUAUAACUACAACACUGGCAUCAGUUAUGAAACAUUAGGACCGAAUGAAGUCAGAUCCCUCUUAACAACACAAUGUGGGGUGAUCUCCGAGCACACCAAGAAGAUGUGUACCAGGUCUCAGCGAUGUCCCCAGCACACGGAUGAACAGAGGAGGGCCGUCAGGUUGUUCCUCCUGGGGCCGUCCGCGUCGUCGCUGCCCGAUGCAGACCCAGUGGUGGAGAGCGACAACUUUGAGCUUCCAGAUGGACAGACCCUGAUGAGCCGCCUGCAGUGGGAAGACUCUCCUGAUAUCUCACCCACAGACUCUGCCUCAUCCAAAGCCAGCACCAACCACUCAGACUCAAGGAAGCCGAAGAAGAAGAGGACGUCUCUGGGUUUGAACAGCGGAGGAGGAAGUCUGACUGGAGGCUGCAGCAGCAGCAGCGGCAGCUCUCAGAGUAAUAUCAACUUGUCGACCAAAAAGAAGAGGCCCAAACUCUCAGCACCUUCUAUUUCAAGUAUCUAUGACGACUUAAACUAGCGACAGCCUGUUUGUCAGGCCAGUCCCUCCCUUCACUCAGGAUGGGAUUCAUCAUGACUUAGCAGUAGCCCUAACCCUAACACAAGGCUUCCCCAUUUUACUGAAGAUUCAUUCUGUUUUAAGAACACGGUGUUGUUAAAAGCUGGGCCAGUCACUUGGUGUCAGACUCCAGUCCGAGUAUCUGUGAGUGGUAAACAGGGAACUUCAACAAAAUGUACAUUCUGCUUUUUCAGGAAUCAUGAACAGUUCUGUCAACAGAGACAGCUGCUGUUGCCCGAAGGUGGAAAUCAGGACGACUUGACCAUAGGCACGUUCAUCAACUUAUUGACUUAAUUAUGAAAGAAAAUUAUCAAUAAGCUCAGACGUAAUUGGUUCUAUUGUCCGUACUGAGAAAUUAGUGCCAAAGGUGUUUUAGACGGCUCAGAAUUCCUCUGUCUCUCUGUGUUGGCCUGUGUAGAUCAUGGUUAGUAAGGGUGCAUCUCUAAAUUAAUUUUAUCAUUCCAGUUUCAGAACAGUGCAGAUAAAGAGAAGGUCAGGGGAGUUUGGGAAGUAUUGGUUAAAUUGAUAAAUUAAUUUAUUAAGUUAUUUAGUUUGAAAUAAUUAAACACAAACAAAUGUUUUAACCAAAAGAGGGGAACGGGGCGAUAAAAGAGAGGACUAUGGACAGCAGUAUUAGAAACUAGUUACCUGAAAAGUCAAAACAAAAACCUAAGUUACUACUCUACUACAAACAACAACAAUACAUUCAGAAUAACAACCCUUUUCCUAAUGUCUAAACAGAAAAUAAGAACAAGAAUAAGCCUUGAACUUCCAAACAUCAUGUUUUACAUCUCAGAGAAACUUCAAUAUGUGAGGGAGAGGCGCCCGCUACCAUAACAAUAUUUUACCUGGUAGUAAAGUGCCUCCUUACUGACAGCGUUUACUGAUGCACUUAAGAACUUGAUCGACAACCUCUGUUGACAGCAGUAACAAAAGAGAGCGCAGACUUAAGAUGCCCACCUACUUAUUUCAUUUUAAACUAAAAACUAUUUUAGUCAAUAACGUACAAACAAUUGAAGUCUUAACCGUGGCUUUCUGAAACCUUCAGAUUCUCUUUGGUGACGACCUACUGACGUGUCCUUUUUGCUUUUAAUUCAACACUUGACAUACUGGAGUACUCAUCUGUGGUUUUGUGAUUCUAGCAUUGUAUUGCACAGUUUGUGUGUGUGUGUGUGUGUGCGCCUCUUUAUGCUGAAUCUAAUUCAGUGGGAAUGUCACCUUUUUGUGUGUGUGUGUGUGGUUAGAGGCUGUGUGUGUGUAAUCAUUUAUAUUUUCACAAAACUAUGCAUCCUAGAAUGUGACAUUUUUGUGAAAGUGUGUGCCAUUUGAAAAAAGACAAACCUAAAAAAAACUAUGCUUUUCUGUUUACAUCUUUAAUAUAUUUAAGUUUUCCUUUGUCACUGCCUAUUAAGUGAUGUAUAUUAUUUGUGUGUAAAUGCAGAUUGUGAUAAUUGACAAGCCUGUAGGCUUUUAGGGCACAUGUACAGUACAUGUAUGAUUUGAGUCGAUAUUUGAAUCAUUAAUCGGACGUAAAUUCUUUCUUUCUUGUUUUAUUCUUCCUCGGUUUGUCGGUCGAUCAGUGCUGCUGCUCCGCUUUUCAUUCAUGAUUCUGACCGACAAGUCUCCAUCUUGUAAUGCUCAGACUCUAGAGGUCGGAUGCACUUUAAAAAAUCAUGUACUUGCAACUUUUCACAUUUGAUGUCGUAGUGAAGUGUUUUUUUUAUAAAUUGCAUCAACAAA